AUGAAGCUGGCAGUAAUUUUCAUCACCUGUAACUUCUGGUUGAUUGCAUCUGCAGAUAUUUUCCAGAAUCCAGAUUUCGAAUUCCCAAUAACAAACUUGCCCACAAACUCCACUUCCCCAUUUAUUUUGUUGAAUGAAAAAAGCACUAUCCCAGGAUGGACAUUCCAAGGUGAAGUCCGGUAUGUAAGAGCAGAAGGCAAUGCAUCUCUAACCUGGAAUGUGCGCGCUAUAAUGUUUGGUCAAGAUGGGAAGAUCAACCAAACUUUACUGCAAAUGGGAUGUAAUGCAAUACCUGCUUACUUUCACUUUGGCUCUCUGGCUGGUCAGAACCGUAAGGCUAAUUACAGUAAAGUAACGUGGCCGUGGGAAGUUUAUGGUCACCGGUUGGGAAGCUGGAGAGAUGGAGAACAUAUAAGCUUAAUACUCCGAAGUCAAGCUACAGAUGCAGAUCCCAAUUCUGCAUGUCGGCAGGAUCGUCUACUCAAAACAGCGCCUAAUUUAAUGAAAGGAUAA